ACGCAGCACGAAUCCAAUCAUGUUGUGAGACAAGCUCGCCGCUCACCUGAGCCAGCAGCCGUCGCACGCGGGCGGGAGGACAACGCUGCCCAACAUGGUGAAGAGGAAAAGCUUGGAUGACAACGAGCCCGAGUGCGGGAAAGGAAUCCCGUUCCCCAUCCAGACCUUCCUGUGGCGGCAGACCAGUGCAUUUUUGCGCCCUAAAUUGGGAAAACAAUAUGAAGCAUCUUGCGUGUCCUUUGAGCGGGUCCUGGUGGAGAAUAAGCUCCACGGCUUGUCCCCGGCCCUCUCCGAGGCCAUCCAGAGCAUCUCCCGCUGGGAGCUGGUCCAGGCUGCCCUGCCGCACGUUCUCCACUGCACCUCCAUCUUGCUGUCCAAUCGGAACAAACUGGGUCAUCAGGACAAACUGGGUGUGGCCGAGACUAAGUUGCUCCAUACGCUGCACUGGAUGCUGUUGGAUGCCGCCCAGGAGUGCAACCACGAGCCCAGCAUGGGCCAAGGUUGGUCUGCCGGCAGCAGUGGCGGCGGCGCCUUCAUGCAGCCCGUCGGAAAUCAGGGCUCAUCUCCAGGUGCUCCCGGCUCCUGCUCCAGCUCUGCCUUAGGGGGGUCGGGCCCACAGCACGGCAGUUCCCAGCUUGAGGAGGAUGAGCACACUCGGACCAAGUUGUUCCACAAGAGCAUGGCCACCGUGGAGCUGUUUGUCUUCCUCUUCGCUCCGCUCAUUCACCGGAUCAAGGAGUCAGACUUGACGUUCCGUCUCGUCAGUGGUCUAAUUAUUUGGCAGCCAAUGUGGGAGCACCGGCAGCCUGAUAUCCCCGCCUUCACUGCCCUCAUCAAACCGUUCCGAAACAUCGUGACAGCAAAAAGGAACUCCCCAGUCAUCAACCAGUGCAGCCCACGUGUGUCUGGAAACCCUGGUCCUAUGGGCUUUCAGGUGGUUUGUGAGGCUGGUCAUUCCGAUUCUUCCUCCUCCCCAGCCGCAGGAGAGCACAGCUGUCGCCGCGGUAACUCUGUGGAGAAAGGCGGACCUUCCCAGCAACCUCCACCAAUCAAAGGACCAUCCAAGAAAAAGAUGUCAGCCCCCGCCGGUGUGCCAGUGUCCCUGUCUCAGCGUGCUCGCUACGCCACCUACUUUGAUGUUGCAGUGCUGCGCUGCCUUCUGCAGCCCCACUGGACAGAAGAGGGGGUGCACUGGGCAUUGAUGUACUACCUCCAACGCUUGAGACAGAUUCUGGAGGAGAGGCCUGAACGUGUCCCAGAGCCGCUGGUUGUGCCUCUGCCACGCCCGCGAAGCAGCUCUAUGGUGGCUGCCACCCCCUCACUGGUCAAUACCCAUAAAACCCAGGAUAUGAGUCUCAAAUGCAAUGAGGAGGGCAAAUCUCUGAGCACUGAGACAUUCACAAAGGUUUCCUUAACCAAUCUUCGUCGCCAAGCUGUACCUGACCUUUCAUCUGACCUUGGCAUGAACAUCUUUAAGAAGUUUAAGAACCGGCGGGAGGACCGUGAGAGGAAGGGCUCUAUCCCCUUCCAUCACACAGGGAAGAAGCGCCAGCGCCGCAUGGGCGUCCCCUUCCUGCUCCACGAGGACCACCUUGAUGUCUCGCCCACCCGGAGCACAUUCUCCUUUGGGAGCUUCUCUGGCCUGGGCGAUGAUCGGCGCACUCUGGACCGUGUGGGCUGGCAAGCCACAAUCAUGGGUAAAUUCACCCGUCGAGGCAGCACAGACACAGCCGCCGAUGCUGACAGUCUAAGCACCAAGCACUCUCAUUCCCACCACUCGCUUCUCAGAGACAUGCCUGACCACUCAAACAGCCACAGCGAGAACACCUUCAAAGAGGUUCGAUCCCAGAUUUCCACGAUCACCAUGGCCGCGUUCAACACAACUGUGGCGUCCUUUAAUGUAGGCUAUGCCGACUUCUUCACUGAGCACAUGAAAAGGCUCUGCAACCCCGUGGUCAUCCCGGAGAUGCCUGUGGAGCCGCUGGCCUGUGCUAACCUUCCUCGCAGCCUGACUGACUCCUGCAUCAACUACUCCUGCCAGGAGGAGGGUGACAACAUCGAGGGCACCAAUAACUUUGUGCUGAAGAACGGAAUGUUGGACCUCACAGCUGUGCUGCGUGCCCUCUACGCUGUCCUCAGCCAUGACAUCAGCUCCAGGAUCUGCGAUGUGGCACUCAACAUCAUCGACUCCCUGCUGCAGCUGGGCGUGGUGCCCGGGUUUGGCAAAAAGCUGUCCAAGCCUGACAACAAGGAGAACGAGGAGGUGCGAGCCAAGGACACAGUUGGCCACAGCCUAGGAGGAGGAGGUGGGGGAGGAGGUGGCGGAGAUGGUGGCAGCGGGGGAGGAGGCGGAGGGGGUAGCGGUGGAGGAAGUGGGCAAGGGAGCAAGGAUGACAUGAAGAAUAACAAAGACAAUGACAAAAAGGAAGAGAGCUCUUGUCUCAGUCCUCACCGACUGGCCCUCUCCAUGCUCAUCAAAAUAGUAAAGUCUCUGGGCUGUGCUUACGGCUGUGGCGAGGGACAUCGCGGCCUUUCAGGAGAUCGUCUGAGGAUGCAGGCACAAAACUGCCUGACCAACCUUUACAAGCUGGACAAGCUACAGUUUCGCCAAACAAUGCGCGACUACGUCAACAAAGACUCCCUGAAUAACAUUGUGGACUUCCUUCAUGCUCUGCUGGGCUUCUGCAUGGAGCCUAUCACCGACAAGUACGGCAGUGCAGGUGAGAGGUCCAGGAGGGCGAAAAAACGAAACAUCGACAAGGCAGGCUUCGGGAACAAUUUCACCACAGGGGACAACAAGUCUGUAGCACAGAACAUGGAGGCGGUUGUGGUGGGUUGCAUGUUCAAGUCGCUGAUCACCCGCUGCGCCUCCACAACGCAUGAGCUUCACAGCCCCGAGAACCUGGGCCUCUACUGUGACAUCCGCCAGCUGGUGCAGUUCAUCAAGGAGGCCCAUGGAAAUGUUUUUCGCCGAGUGGCUCUGAGUGCGCUCCUAGACAGUGCUGAGAAGGUCACGACUACCAAAAAACCUGAGGAAAAAGAUGAGAACAAACUGCAAGCUCCAAGAAGGUCAGAGGUGGGUGUGUCCGGGGAGAAGGGUCAGGUAUCCAGUGCUGCAGAUGAGUGUCGCAGCUACAUCUCCAGCAGACCCCCCCAGACCCCCGAACACGAGGAGAUCCCUGGAGCCCUGCUGGGUAGGAAAGACUUUUGGAGGAAGAUGUUUAAGUCGCAGAGUGCUGCCAGUGACACCAGCAGCCAGUCAGAACAGGACACCUCAGAAUGCACCACCGCCCAUUCUGGUACCACCACGGACCGCCGCUCUCGAUCAAGAUCCCGGCGUAUUUCACUUCGCAAGAAACUUAAACUGCCCAUAGCAUGCCGCAGGACCACUCGCCUACCGCUCACCUUCUCUGUCUUACGGAAUUGGCUGAAGCGUUCCUCUCUCUCCGGACUUACGGACGGUGUGGAGGACCUGUUGGAUAUCAGCUCAGUAGAUCGACUCUCUUUCAUUCGACAGAGUUCAAAGGUGAAGUUCACCAGCGCAGUCAAGCUGUCAGAGGGGGUUGCCACCGGGCCAGAAUACGGCAGGGAGGAGGAAGAGAAUUUCUUCAAGCGGCUCGGUAAAUGGAGAUCUGGCAGGAGGAAUCCAUCCAAGCUUCACCACACAGAAGAGAAAGAUGGACCCCACGGUUUCCAAGAGCGUCUUGCCGCCAGUCAGGAGGCCAUAAAAAACAAAAAUGUGGUGAACCUGGGGGCAAUUCGACAGGGCAUGAAACGCUUCCAGUUUCUGCUCAACUGCUGUGAGCCAGGGACCAUACCUGACGCUUCAAUCCUUGCCGCUGCCCUGGACCUGGAAGCGCCCAUCGUGGCUCGGGCAUCCCUCUUUCUUGAAUGUGCCCGAUUUGUACAUCGCUGUAACCGUGGCAACUGGCCGGAGUGGAUGAAGGGCCACCAUGUAAACAUCACCAAGAGAGGCCUAUCCAGGGGGAGAUCGCCUAUAGUAGGCAAUAAAAGGAAUCAGAAGCUCCAGUGGAAUGCGGCGAAACAUUUCUGCCAGUGGGGAGAUGCGAUUGGCACGCGGCUGAGCGAACUGUGCCACUGCGACAGCGAGAGUCCUGCCAACAUCUUGGGGUACAUCUACGAUGAGGAGACCAAACGAAGAAUGAGGAAGGAGGAUGAGGAAGAGGACUAUUUAGAUGAUAACACUGUCAAUCCGACAAAAUGUGGCUGCCCAUUUGCUCUAAAGAUGGCUGCUUGCCAGCUCUUGCUGGAAAUCACCACCUUUCUGCGGGAGACAUUUCCUUGUUUGCCACGACCACGGACAGAACCACUUGUGGAUUUAGAAAGCUGCCGCUUGCGUCUCGAUCCUGAGCUUGGCCGACAUCGCUAUGAGAGGAAGAUCAGCUUCGCGGGCAUCCUCGACGACGAGGACGGCCAUGACUCCCUUAAUAGUAGCAGCCACACUCUGAAGUCAGACACCAUGUGUGAUGACAAGAAGGCUCAGGAGGCCACCGUUCCCAUACGGAAGAUUCGUAUCGGAGGCUCGCGGCUGCUUCAGAUUAAAGGAGCCCGCAGUUUCCGUGUAAAAAAAGGUGGGUCUUUGUCCUCCAUACGGAGGGCGGGCAGUCUGAAGAGCACCAAGAUGUCCCGACAGGAUUCAGAGUCGGAGAAUGAGGAGGGGAUACUUUCGCAAACGAACAGCAGGGAUACUGUCACAGACAUAGGUAGUCCCUGCAGUACCAGUGAACCCAGCAUUGAGCCUGAGGGCCAAAGCUCAAGUGGCGCAGAGGACAACUACCACCGCAACAUGUCCUGGCUCCACAUCAUGAUUCUGCUGUGCAACCAGCAGAGCUUCAUCUGCACCCACAUUGACUUCUGCCACCCGCGCUGCUACCAGCACCACAACCGCUCCUGUGCCCGCCUGGUCCGCGCCAUCAAACUUGUGUAUGGUGAGACAGUGGACAGCCUGAGACAGGACAGCGCUCCCGCCACCGGCAUCAUCGGUGCUCGUGCACAGAAGAACAAAGAGUGUUCUGACAAAUCGUGUCUGAGGACGCCAUCCAUGAAGAGGAGACCCACUGACAGCAACACAGAAGGGAAGAAGGACACUGGAAUGUUAAAGUACAUUAGAAACCAGGUGAUGAGCUUGUCGCCGGCUCCCUUGUCUCUUCUCAUCAAAGCUGCUCCCAUCUUGACUGAUGACAUGUACGGAGACAUUCAGCCCGCAGCCUGGGAGCUCCUGCUUAGCGUGGAUGAACACAUGGCAGCCGCUGCUGCCGCCAUGUUCCUCCUGUGUGCAGUCAAGGUCCCUGAUGCCGUGACCGAGAUGAUGAUGGCUGAGUUCCAGCACCAUGAGGCCUGCCAGCGCAUCAACUCUAUCCUCAAGUUUUACACGCUUUGGCGAUUCCGCUACCAGGUGUGGCCUCGGAUGGAGGAAGGAGCCCAGCAGAUCUUCAAAAUUCCUCCACCCAGCAUAAACUUCACCCUGCCGUCUCCCAUACUGGGCAUGCCCUGUGUACCUAUUUUUGAUCCCCCAUGGGUCCCUCAGAACACAGGAAGUGUCCAAGACCCAAUCAGUGAGGACCAGUCUAAAUCCUUCUCAGCGCGGGCAGUGUCACGCUCCCAUCAGCGAGCCGAGCACAUCCUGAAGAACCUGCAGCAGGAAGAGGAGAAACGGCGCCUAGGCCGUGAAGCCAGUAUCAUCACGGCCAUCCCUGUGGCGCAGGAGGCGUGCUAUGAGCCCACGUGCAGCCCUCCAUCUGAGCAAGAGGAAGAAGCAGAAGAAGUUGUGAACCUGGCGUCCCGCCGUCUGUCUGUUAGUCCGUCCUGCGCCUCCAGUAAUUCCCACAGAAAUUACUCUUUCCGACGAGGCUCUGUGUGGUCAGUCCGCUCAUUAGCUAGUGCUGAAGAUGAAGAGAACACGACAGAACACACACCCACACACCACAUGCUGCAGCCACCACAAGCAGUCUUCCCAGCAUGCAUCUGUGCUGCCGUGCUCCCCAUAGUGCACCUCAUGGAGGACGGAGAGGUUCGAGAGGAUGGCGUAGCUGUGAGUGCAGUCGCCCAGCAAAUCCUGUGGAACUGCUUGAUUGAGGAUCCUGCCCUUGUCUUGCGCCAUUUCCUGGAAAAACUCACUGUGAGCAACCGGCAGGAUGAGUUGAUGUACAUGUUGAGGAAGCUGCUGCUUAAUAUUGGAGACCUUCCAGCACAGACCUCCCACAUCCUUUUCAACUACCUGGUGGGCCUGAUCAUGUAUUUUGUGCGGACCCCCUGCGAGUGGGGGAUGGAUGCCAUCUCCGCGACACUCACCUUCUUGUGGGAGGUGGUGGGCUAUGUAGAAGGGCUAUUCUUCAAGGACCUGAAGCAGACCAUGAAGAAAGAGCAAUGUGAAGUCAAGCUGUUGGUCACAGCAUCCAUGCCAGGAACCAAGACUCUGGUGGUUCACGGACAGAACGAGUGUGACAUCCCGACACAGCUGCCAGUCCAUGAAGACACACAGUUUGAAGCUCUGCUUAAGGAAUGUCUGGAGUUCUUCAACAUUCCAGAGGCCAGAUCGGCACAUUACUUCCUCAUGGACAAACGGUGGAACCUCAUCCAUUAUUCCAAGACAUACGUAAGAGACAUCUAUCCGUUUCGGAGGUCAGUCUCUCCGCAGUUGAACCUUGUCCACAUGCUGCCCGAGAAAGGACAGGAGCUGAUCCAGAAACAGGUGUUUUCCCGGAAACUGGAAGAGGUCGGCCGUGUGCUCUUCCUCAUCUCCCUCACUCAGCAUAUGCCCGCUGUGCAUAAGCAGUCCCACGUCUCACUGCUCCAGGAAGACCUGCUCCGCCUGCCAUCCUUCCCCAGGACCGCCAUUGAUGCUGAGUUCUCUCUGUUUAAUGAGCCACAGGGUAAGGAGCUAUUCGGGUUAGAUACCCUUCACAAGGUGCUGUGGAUCAAGCUCCUUGAGGAGAUGUUCCUGGGGAUGCCCAGCGAGUACCCGUGGGGAGACGAGAUGAUGCUGUUCCUCAACGUUUUUAAUGGGGCGUUGCUGCUGCACCCGGAGGACAGCGCCCUCCUCAGGCAGCACACGGCAACUGCCAUCAACACUGCGGUCCACUUCAAUCACCUGUUCUCACUGAGUGGUUAUCAGUGGAUCCUGCCAACCAUGCUACAGGUUUAUGCAGACUAUGAAGGCAACCCCUUAUUGAGGCAGGGAAUUGAGUUCUGCUGUCGGCAGUUCUACAUCCUCCACCGCAAGCCUUUCAUCCUACAGUUGUUUGCCAGUGUGGCGCCACUGCUGGAAUUCACAACCAGCACCAGUAGCGGCCUUUCCAAGGGCGUGUCAUCUCAGUGUCUAUUUGACCUUUUGGUCUCUCUGGAAGGCGAGACUCUGGAUGCCCUGGACGCAUUGGAGCUGGUUAAGGCAGAGAAACCAUUGCGUUCGCUGGAUUUCUGCUAUGGUAAUGAGGACUUGGCUUUUUCUAUUAGUGAAGCCAUCAAGCUGUGCGUCACCGUGGUAGCCUAUGCACCCGAAUCCUUCAGAAGUCUUCAAAUGCUGAUGGUGCUGGAGGCCCUGGUGCCGUGUUACCUCCAGAAGCUGAAGAGCAACACAAUGACCAUGGAGUCAGCAUCUGCAGCCAGGGAUGAGAUCGCAGCUAUUGCCGCUCUGGCCACAUCACUGCAGGCUUUGCUCUACAGCUCGGAGGCCCUCACAAGGCCAAUGACAGCGCCACAGAUGUCCCGCUGUGAUCAGGGCCAUAAAGGAGGAACCACUGCCAACCAUGCCAUGUCAGGAGGAGUCAACACGAGGGACAACCUCCACCUGCUGGAGGAGGGCCAGGGCAUGCCGAGGGAGGAGCUGGAUGAACGCAUCGCAAGGGAGGAGUUCCGCCGACCACGAGAGUCCCUGUUAAACAUCUGCACAGAAUUCUACAAACACUGCGGGCCCCGUCUAAAGAUCCUGCAGAAUGUAGCUGGUGAACCGCGCGUGACUGCUCUGGAGCUGCUUGACAUCAAGUCCCACAUGAGGCUGGCAGAGAUCGCCCAUGCUCUGCUGAAGCUGGCACCAUACGAUACCCUGACUAUGGAGAGCCGAGGCCUGCGCCGCUAUAUCAUGGAGAUGCUGCCCAUCACCGACUGGUCUUCUGAGGCCGUGCGUCCCGCUCUCAUCCUCAUACUCAAGAGGCUUGACCGCAUGUUCAACAAGAUCCACAAAAUGCCCACGCUCAGGAGACAGGUGGAGUGGGAGGCAGCCAGCAACCUGAUUGAGGGCAUUUGUCUGACUCUCCAGCGGCAGCCAAUCAUCUCCUUCCUCCCGCACCUUCGCUCGCUCAUCAACGUCUGCGUCAACCUGGUUAUGGGCGUGGUGGGCCCAUCCAGCGUGGCAGACGGCUUACCCCUGCUCCACCUCAGCCCUUACCUCUCCCCGCCGCUCCCCUUCAGUACAGCGGUCGUCCGAUUGGUUGCUUUACAAAUCCAGGCCUUGAAGGAAGACUUCCCUCUCAGCCAUGUGAUCUCACCUUUCACCAAUCAGGAGAGGAGAGAGGGGAUGCUGUUAAACUUGCUAAUCCCCUUUGUACUCACUGUCGGGUCAGGAAGCAAAGACAGCCCCCACCUUGACCAGCCGGAGAUCUUCCUGCUGCUGCAGACUGUCAUCAACAUUCUGUUGCCGCCGCGCAUCAUCUCCACUUCCCGUACCAAGAACUUCAUGCUGGACGCUUCGCCGGCUCACUGCUCCACCCCCGGUGACACAGGAAAAGACCUGCGCAGAGAGGGUUUGGCUGAGUCAACCAGCCAGGCGGCGUAUCUGGCUCUGAAAGUGGUUUUAGUGUGCUUCGAGCGCUCUCUGGGGAACCAGUGGUAUCGUCUAAGUCUACAGGUGAAAGAGAUGGCUCUCAGGAAAGUGGGGGGCCUCGCCUUCUGGGACUUCAUUGACUUCAUCGUGCGAACCCGCAUCCCCAUCUUUGUCCUACUGAGGCCCUUCAUACAGUGCAAGUUAUUGACUCAGCCGGCCGACUCCCAGGAAGAGAUCACGGCCCGUCACCACAUUGCCGACCAGCUUGAGCGGCGCUUUAUCCCGCGACCUCUCUGCAAAAGCUCGCUGUUUGCCGAAUUCAACAAUGAACUCAAGAUCCUCAAGGAGGCUGUCCACAGCGGCUCUGCGUACCAGGGCAAGACAUCCAUCAGCACAGUAGGCACCUCCACGUCGGCCUACCGCCUCAGUUUGGCCACAAUGUCGCGCUCCAACACAGGCACGGGCACAGUUUGGGAGCAGGACAGCCAGCCAUCCCGCCAGCCUUCGCAAGACACGCUCAGUCGCACUGAUGAGGACGACGAAGAGAAUGACUCGAUAAGUAUCCCCAGUGUAGUGAGUGAGCAUGAGGCGUUCUUGCCCAGGCUUAUAUCAGAACGCCGAUUCUCCAGCCAUGCCACCGGCUCAGCUACUUUGCAACCCGAAGCCCCCCGCACCACCAUGCUGCCCAGCCACAGUGAACCCAAUGUGCUAGAUGAGUCCCAGGGCCUUCUGCAGGAGGGUAACCUCUCUAGGGUUGCCAGUGUACAGAGCGAACCCGGUCAGCAAAACCUUCUCAUCCAGCCUCCACUGGGGAGGAAGAGAGGCCUCAGACAGCUGCGGCGCCCCCUGUUGUCCAUUCCAAAGAAUGAACCCCGUGGUCGUUCAGGAGCUCGGCUCUCCACAACUCGCAGGAGCAUCCAACCCAAAAAUAAACCACUGGAAACUUUAUUGGACUGUGAAGCAGUGCAAGGAGACCAAAAGAGAUCGGUCACCUUUACGGAAACACAAGGGCAGCAAACGUGUGUGGGAGUCAGCAAGCCUUUGAGCCCCAGCGGCACAGAUGUUCCAGUUGAGGGCAGGAAGACCAAUCCUGCCAUGACUAAGCCCCCCACACUGGAAGUGCCGUCUGCCUCAUCGGCCACCGUCAUUGCCGACCUGCACAGCCCUGCGAAAACACAGGUUGCGUCUAACCUGAGUAUCAAGGAGAAACGAGAGCAGUGGGGCCUCCGCAGCAGCCUGACCCCGCCCCCUUCCAUCUCCCGCACCUCCACCCCAACACCACCUCCCCAUCCCUGCUCACCACUUACCCUCUCAAGAACCAGCUCCCCUUUGUCCCGCACUUCCUCGCCUCUUCUGCCGCCCCUCCCGGUGCUGGGCACAACGCCUCUGCCACCCCCGCUUCCCUUCCCGCCAACCCCACUUGUCCAUCCGCCAAUGGCCUCCCGGAUCCGAGAGAGCCCCGGGGACGCGGACACCACCGCACUCCUGCCGCAAAGCAACAUCCUGGUACAACUCUGCGAGGAUGAGGGCACAGAAAACCCCCUCCUCACCCCAUUGCUGUCCGCACCCUCUGCCCGGCACUCACCUCGCCGACUUCCCCUUCCCCUCUCCGCUGUUGAUCUGGACUUGGAUGAGUCACACGUGUAAAAUCUAUAUUAUUUCUAUAAUGCCAUUUCACAAUAGAUGUUAUCUCAAGGCAGGUCAAGAACCACACUCCUCAUACAUUGAAGAAAAACAAGUGAACCCCAAGCAAGGGUCAAGCGCCCGGUGGAUGGACGAGAGAACAAUGGGCACAACAAUGGCCGUGUCAACAACAGUAAUAGUCCUGUAAUGCCAGUGACAACUCUCCUUCAUGUAAAAAACAUACACAAUAUAGAACUGAAUGUAUAUUUUAGCACAGCUCAUGCAACUGAAUUCAUGAAUUAUAUAUAUAUAAUUAAUAUAAAUAUGAAAUUUUAGUAAAUAUUUAUGAGGGUACAUUUAAUGAGAAAGGCUGUUACAUCUUAUUCAGUCAUGAUGAAUGAAAUGCAUAGAUCCAGUUUUAUUUUGAAAUAUUCUAAAAUAAUUUAAUAGUGGAAAUCUACGCAGUGUUUGUUUGUCUUGCUGUUGUCUGUAGCGAUGCAGUAGAAGUCAUUGCCUCAUUUCUCAUUCCAUGCCUUAAUGGGGGGAAAAAAAAGAGCCACUGUGAAGAUAGGGUUAGAUAAUUUUAUUGUGUGCCGUUAUGUAGCUCUGAAACAUGAAAGAUUGGGAUGUGCCAUAUGUCGAACCAACACACUGUUUGUCUGAUUCCUUUCUGUAACUUCAGAUGUUUAUUGCGACAGACAAUGUUCUUGUUCUGGCCUUUUCAGACUUAACAAUAUGUGUGCCAUUGACUUGUAAGUUUAAUGUAUCUGAAACAAAUAUAAAAAUAAUUACAUGGCAGAUGCAUCAUUUUCAUUUGAAGACGUUAAAAUUUAUUUUUCCUCACAAAAUUAGAUGGUACUGCGAUGAACGAAGACAUUGAAGUUGGUGGUGGU